AUGAUGUCUCUCCUCCGCAACUGCCGGACUGCCGCCGUGCAGGUCCGUGGCUUCUCCUCGUCCUCCUCUCUUCGAUCCGGUCCCGAAUCACCUAAAUACAUCGAUAUCCCUCAGGUCAUCCAGGAGGGUGAAAUUGUCGACCGCCGUGUCAAGGGUACGCUUCCUGUGCCUCGAGAUCUGUUCCCGGCCCGCCGAGCAGACAAACCGACCAAGGCGUAUCUCGAUGCCGCUACUCCCCUUCCUUCUAAGGAGGUCCAAAUCGACCCGAAUGAUCCCCACGCCCAAUACCUCGGCUGGAAGAGACGCAUGGCCGAGAUGAGACGGAAGAACCUCCGACAAGGUCUUACGGAACUGCACCGCCGGAAGAAGCAAACAGAGAAGCGCAUUGCGCAGGAGAGUGCGGAAAAGCAGAUCCAGCGACAGGCUGUCCUGGACCAGCCGGACAGACUGGAUGAGCAAUUGACUCGCCCUUCUGUCAUCCAGGAGAUGCUUUCCAACCGCAACGCCGUCCUGCCUGACCCGACCCGAGAAGAACGACUUGCGCUCUCUCGGGCACGCUUCGAGGCCCACAAUGCCCGGAGGCAGGCGGAACGGGAUGACUCUUUGCAAACAUUGUAUAUGAAUGCCCGUAACUUCAUCACCACCGAGGCCCAGCUUGCGGCUGAAAUCGAACGGGUCUUCCCCGAGGGAGAGAACGAGGCGUGGCGCAAUGAUCACCAGCAGGGUGAGAACAUCUGGAACCUUGGCUCUCCUUCCACGCUCCAGGGCAUUGCCAACGCGGGUAGAAAGAGCGAGUCGGGUCGCUGGGAACUCAUUCAGGACAGAGUCAAGCAACUCGGAGAACAGAUUACGGGCGGCAAGAUUUAA